AUGGCAGUCUUCUUAGCGCCUAGGCACGCCGACACCCAUCUUCACAGCAACGACAACGGUCAAUAUGAUGGUGCAAUCGAGAUCACCAACGACAUUUCGAACGAGACGGACUGGACGAAGGUGAAGGACAUCACGUCGAGGCGGCGAAUUCAAAAUCGAAUUUCCCAGCGGAAUCGUAGAAGAAAACUCAAGGAGAGGCAAGGGCGAGCUGGUGGCUCGCUAUCACCACAGCCAGGUUCAAGACAAAGUACACCACCUACUGCCAGAACGCCUCCUAGACAAAAUUCACCCUACGAUGAGGGUAGUUCGAAUCUUAUGUUUGAGAAAACGCCAUACUUAAGAUAUCUGAUGGCCAACAAUGGAUCUGUAUCCUCGAACUCGACCUCCGCCACACCAUCUCAGGCCUCACAGGAAUAUUCGUUGGCGAACCCGCGAUCUAGAGCGUGGACUUUACCUUCCGGAGACACCAACUCAGUUGUCUCCCAGAUUCUCCAUGCACAAAGACAGGGAAGCCUAUCAUCAGAGAAAUCCGACCACUAUGUUCAAAGGCAGGGAAGCAUGUCGUCAGAGAAAUCCGACCACUAUGCACUCCAAACACCACCGACUCAGAAUGAUUUCGAUGACUGCCGCCAACCAUUUUGGGACCCCUCAAUCCAAGCUCCUGCGAUCGAAGAUAGCGGAUUGAAUCUUUUCUUUACCGACUGUGAUCUAUUUACACCAUCUACAUCAGAAUCGGACUAUAGGCCCAACAAGAAUGCUCCAGUCGACCAGAAAUUCAUAGACGACUAUAUGAAUAUUUACGGCCAUGGUUCCGGGUCAUUCAGCUCCCCUAUCCCAAUAUCCAUAACACCACCAAACUCUUCGAAAUCAAGCCCAGAAGUCUUCCAGCCUAGUGUCGAUUCGGCACAUACAGACAUUGCUGGUUAUACACCGCUGCACCUAGCCGUACAAAAGGGCCACCACUCUAUUGUUCAACUCCUUCUUGAGGCAGGCAGUAUGGACCUCAACGCCGUCGCCAAAGACGGCAUGUCCCCUCUCCAUCUCGCCCUCUACUCCGGCAACCAUGCAAUGGCCACCAUGCUCCUUGAGAAGGGCGCCAAUUGCGAUACCCACAACGCAAUAGGCCAGAACGUGCUCCAUCUAGCAGUCGAGAGAGGCGACUUGGCUCUAGUGCAGCUAGUGCUAAAGUAUAUCAGGGAUCCAAAUACGAGAGAUUGCUUAGGUCAGACAGCGUUCCAUUGCGCAGUUGCACAGGGGCACGAGGAGAUUGUGAAGUUUAUGCUGGUAAAAGGCAUUAACUCGCAGGCUAAGAUCGGGCCAUAG